GCGAUUGGUGAAGAACUUUUGAAAAAUUCUACUAAUUUCGAUAUAAAUCAUUUAAUGAUUUUAUUUUAUGAUUCCACGCCAGAUAAUACAAGAUGUUGAAAAACAGUUGCUGCUCGAUAUGUUUAUUUUUAAAUAAAAGGACCAUUAAUAUUUAUGAGACAGACCUGCAGUAUGUUUAUGAAAAUCUUGCAAAUGAAAAGAUUAAAGAUUCAGAAUGCUGGGUUUGCUACAUUUGCCACACUAGGCUGCGUCAGUGUCAUCAGCUACGGCAGUUGGUGGAAUGGACAAGAGGUCUUGUUGAUGAUGUUAUCCAGAAUAAGAUUGAGAUAAAAUAUGGAGAUCUUGAAUCUUUGUUGGAAUUAUCAUCUUGCAAUAUCAGUACUAUUUCACUUCCCACUUCAUUGAGCAAAGAAGAAUCAAAUGAUAGUAUAGGAUUUUACUAUAAUUAUGAAGGGCUUGAGGAAGAUAUAAUUGUAGAAAAUACGAAUGACAGUGAAGAUGAUAAACCCUGUAUUAAACUUGAAAACCCACUCGCUGAUGAAUUAAUUAAUGUGAAUGACAGAUGUCGACAAAAUUCCACAAUUUGUGGGGUUAUAGAAGUGCAUAUCGGAGAAGAGAUGUGGGGGAAUCAGGAAACAAAUGCGGAAAUAAAACAAGAGAUAGAAGAUGACAGAGACGAUAAAGGUUUCAAUCAAGAUGAUUGCGAGGAGCCAGAAGACAAAGCUGGCUGUAAGGAUCAACUCUACAACAAAAAGUCAUUAAUAUGUGAUAUUUGUUCAAAGGCAUUUACUUUGAGAAGAGCAUUAAUCAAACACAUACGGAUGCAUACGGGGGACAAAUUAUUUAGUUGCAAUAUUUGUUCAAAAACAUUUCUAAAAAAAUGUUAUUUAAACAAACAUUUAAAAAGACACACAGUACGCAAACAACAUGUUUGUUGCGAUAUCUGCGGAAAAAAAUACUUGCACAAAAGACAUUUACGUGCUCACAUUCGAAAACAUACUACCGACAAACCAUACAUGUGUCACAUUUGUGCCAAAAAUUUUUUAAAGGAAAUAAAUUUAAUUCAUCAUUUACAAGUUCAUACCGGCGAAAAGCCGUUUUCUUGCGAUUCUUGCCCGAAGAGUUUCGCACUUAGGAGCUAUUUGAUGAGGCACAAAGCGAUACAUACACAACCUCACACCUGCGAUGUUUGUGGAAAAAAAUUCUCUUAUAAAGCUGAUUUAAAAUAUCACACCAGCACUCAUACUGGCGAGAAGCCAUUCAGCUGCGAUAUUUGUUCCAAGGCAUUCAUAAAGAAAGGUCAUUUAAAUAGACACAUGCGCAGUCACAGGGGCGACGAAUUGUUCACUUGUAAGUUUUGUUUCGACUCGUUCCCUCGGAGGAGUGAAUUGGAUGACCACAGCAAGCUGAUUCAUACUGACCCAGCUAGACCCUACCGCUGCAGUAUUUGUGAAAAAACAUACAAGAUAAAGUAUCACUUGAGUGAACACAGACGACUUCAUGCCGAGAAGUCGUUCAGUUGUGAUGUGUGUUCAAAGAAAUUCUGGCGUAAGAUGUAUUUACGAAAUCACGAAAGAGUUCAUACGGGUGUAAAACCCUAUAGUUGCAAAAUUUGUACCAAGUCAUUCCCACAGAAGGGUCAAUUGAACAAUCACUUGCUAGUUCAUACUGGCGAGAAACCGUACACCUGUCAUAUUUGCUCCAAAAGUUUUUCACAAAAAGUGAAUUUAAAUACACAUUUAAAAAUACAUCGAAGAUAAUUGUUAGACCUAUGUAGAUUAGUUUAAAAAUAAAAUGUUAAGGAAA